GGGGCGACCGCCAAGAUGGCGACGGCCUCCUCCGGGGCCACGGUCGGGGCCCCCCCGCCGGAGACCGGGGCCCACAACGCCGCCGCCGGCAGCGGGGCCGGCGGCGGGGGACCCGCAGGCUCUGCCACCUUCAAGAAAUCCCUGACGCCGGAGGCGCCCGGCUCGUCCAGCCAGCCCGGCUUACUGACCAUCAAGAAGAUUGGCCACCGUGGGGUGGAUUCCACCGGAGAGACCACGUACAAGAAGACCACCUCGUCCGCCCUGAAAGGCGCCAUCCAGCUGGGCAUCACCCACACCGUGGGCAGCCUGAGCACCAAACCCGAGCGUGACGUGCUCAUGCAGGACUUCUACGUGGUGGAGAGCAUCUUCUUCCCCGGGGAGGGCAGCAACUUGACGCCCGCCCAUCACUACAACGACUUCCGCUUCAAGACGUACGCCCCCGUGGCCUUCCGCUACUUCAGGGAGCUGUUCGGCAUCCGGCCCGACGACUACCUGUACUCCCUGUGCAGCGAGCCGCUCAUCGAGCUGUGUAACUCGGGGGCCAGCGGCUCCAUCUUCUACGUGUCCAGCGACGACGAGUUCAUCAUCAAGACGGUGCAGCACAAGGAGGCCGAGUUCCUGCAGAAGCUGCUCCCCGGCUACUACAUGAACCUGAACCAGAACCCGCGGACGCUGCUGCCCAAGUUCUACGGGCUGUACUGCGUGCAGGCGGGCGGCAAGAACAUCCGCAUCGUGGUGAUGAACAACCUGCUGCCGCGCUCGGUGCGCAUGCAGGCCCGCUACGACCUGAAGGGCUCCACGUACAAGCGGCGGGCCUCGCCCAAGGAGCGCGACAAGACCUUCCCCACCUUCAAGGACCUGGACUUCCUGCAGGACCUGCCGGACGGGCUGCUCCUGGACACCGACAUGUACUGCGCGCUCUGCAAGACUCUGCAGCGCGACUGCCUGGUGCUGCAGAGCUUCAAGAUCAUGGACUACAGCCUGCUGGUGUCCAUCCACAACAUGGAGCACGCCCAGCGCGAGCGGGCCCCGGCCGACCCCUGCGGCCCCGCCGCCGACACGCGCAAGCCGGCCGCCCAGAAGGCCCUCUACUCCACCGCCAUGGAGUCCAUCCAGGGCGAGGCCCGACGCGGGGGCACCGUCGAGACCGACGACCAGAUGGGCGGCAUCCCCGCCCGCAACCACAGAGGGGAACGGCUGCUGCUCUACAUCGGCAUCAUCGACGUCCUGCAGUCCUACAGGUUCAUGAAGAAGCUGGAGCAUUCCUGGAAAGCCCUGGUUCACGACGGGGUGAGUGGAGGCGGGCGCGCGGGGAUUCCUCUUCCUCGGACACAGUUUCAGUGCACAGGCCGGGCUUCUACGCCGAGCGGUUCCAGCGCUUCAUGUGCCAGACGGUUUUCAAGAAAGUCCCUCGUAAGUGGACCCCCCCCGGCCGGCUCCCCUCACCCCCACCGCGGACCCCGGGGGCCGCCCGGCCCCAUCUCAUCCGGCCGCCUCCUCUUCCUCCCGCGCGGCAGCACCCCAAGGCCUGGGAUGUCUCUGCCCCUUCCCCCAACCGUCACCCCGCCGAAUCGGCCGGUUGCCGGGGGAGAGCGCGCUGAGCCGGCCCCCGUCUCCCCCCCUCCCUCCGUCGCUCUCCAAGUGAAGCCGUCCCCGUCCAAAAAGAGCCGCACGGGCACCUCCCUGCCCCGGCGCCCGGGGCCCGGGGGCAACGCCACCUCGCAGCCCCCCACCGACGACCCCGACACCGCCGCCGCCGUCGCCAGGGCGCAGCUGACCACCGAGGCCGACGUGGAGCCAGGGGUUCACCUGGGCCGCCCCGAUCUCCUGCCCCACACCCCGCCCGUGGAAGAGGGUAACAGCGAUUCGGCCGCCACCACCCUGUCCACCUCCUCGUUGGGCAGCGGGGCCCUCAACUCGCCCACCAACAGUAGCCCGACGGCCUUCGGGCCUCGUCUGGACCCCUCUCCCUCCGUGUGGGCGGGAGCCGGACCCCCGCGCUUUCCCCCGGCCCGGCUGACCCCCCCCGCCUCCCGCAGCGCGUCUCCCGGACCGCCGCUGGCCGAGAGCCCCCCGGACCUCGCGGGGCCCUUGCUGGACGCCCCCGAGUCCGAGUUCAGCCACGUAAGUGCCGGGGCCGCAGGGAGUGAGGAAGUCACCCCGACUCUCCCGGCUCCAGACCAAGGUUCCUCCUCUCUCCGCAAGGUCCCGAGGUACCGGCCCCACCCCGGGCGCUGCCGAGAGCCCCCCGGCCCCGCCGCCCACCACCCGGCGGUUCCCCCCGGCCCCCCACCUUCUCCCAGCGAGGGGACCCGUCCCGCCGGCCCCCCUCCCCUCCGUGCCCCCCUUUCCCCGGAGGAAGAGGACGACUCGGAAGCGACUCGGGUGGGCCGAGGAGGACGCCCGCCCCGGCCGCAAACCCCCCGGGAAGUUGAGUCGGGGGUCCCCGCAGGUCAACGCUCCCGCGGCCUGGACCCCCGUCCCCGGGACACACGCGCCACCCCCCCCGACUCUCUUCACAGACCUUUCCCCUCUGCCCCGUCUCCGGAGACCCCCUUCACCUCUCCCGUCCCGCGCACAGAUCCCAGCCCAGCCUCCCUCGGGAGGCUUGGCCUCCGGGACUACAACUCCCAGCGGGCUGCGCGGCCGGCAGUGGGCGGGACCGGAACCUCCGGCCCCGCCGGGGACUACAACUCCCAGCGGGCCGCGCGGCCGGCAGCGGGACCGGAAGUGGGCCGCGCCGGCGCGGCCAAUGGGGGCCGGGCUUGUUGGCGGGGGCCGCUCGGCGGAGAAGGAGCCAAGAUGGUGUUGGAAAGCACCAUGGUGUGCGUGGACAACAGCGAGUACAUGCGCAACGGGGACUUCCUGCCCACGCGGCUGCAGGCCCAGCAGGACGCGGUCAACAUCGUCUGCCACUCCAAGACCCGCAGCCACCCCGAGAACAACGUGGGACUCCUCACGCUGGCCAACGACUGCGAGGUGCUGACCACGCUGACCCCGGACACGGGCCGGAUCCUGUCGAAGCUGCACACCGUCCAGCCCAAGGGCCGCAUCACCUUCUGCACCGGCAUCCGCGUGGCUCACCUGGCCCUGAAGCACCGACAGGGGAAGAACCACAAGAUGCGGAUCAUCGCCUUCGUGGGCAGCCCCGUGGAGGACAACGAGAAAGACUUGGUGAAGUUGGCCAAGCGCCUGAAGAAGGAGAAGGUCAACGUCGACAUCAUCAACUUCGGGGAGGAGGAGGCGAACACGGACAAGCUGACGACGUUCAUCAACACCCUGAACGGGAAGGACGGGACGGGGUCGCACCUGGUGACGGUGCCGCCGGGCCCCAGCCUGGCGGAUGCCCUGAUCAGCUCCCCGAUCCUGGCCGGCGAGGGCGGCGCCAUGCUGGGCCUCGGCGCCAGCGACUUCGAGUUCGGCGUCGACCCCAGCGCCGACCCCGAACUGGCCCUGGCCCUGCGCGUGUCCAUGGAGGAGCAGCGGCAGCGGCAGGAGGAGGAGGCCCGGCGAGCCGCGGCGGCGUCGGCCGCCGAAGCGGGGAUCGCCACGGCCGGGGCCGACGAUUCAGACGAUGCGCUGCUGAAGAUGACCAUGGGGCAGCCGGAGAUGGGCCGCCGCGGGCUGCCGGAUCUCAGCAGCAUGACCGAGGAGGAGCAGAUCGCCUACGCCAUGCAGAUGUCCCUGCAGGGCGCCGAGUUCGGUCAGGCGGAGGCGGCCGACCUGGACCCCAGCAGCGCCAUGGACACGUCCGAGCCCGUCAAGGAGGAGGACGACUACGACGUGAUGCAGGACCCCGAGUUCCUGCAGAGCGUCCUGGAGAGCCUGCCGGGCGUGGACCCCAACAACGAGGCCAUCCGCAACGCCAUGGGCUCCCUCGGCUCGCAGCCCCCCAAGGACGGCAAGAAGGACGGCAGGAAGGAGGACAACGAGGACGACGAGGAGGAGGAGGAGGAGGAGGAAGAGAAGGAGUGAGACUAGGGGAGGGGAGGGGACGCUCGGGCAGGCUGGAGCCCCAAUAAAGCCACAGUUUCCUUCGCC